CGGUCACAUCAUCACAAACACACACAGAGGAGUCAGUGUGCUCACAGCGGCGGAGACUCCCCGGUGCACAAACACUCACUCUCUCUCACACACUCUUCCAUACAUACACACACACACACACACACACACACACACACACGGAAGGACUGAGAGAGAGAGCAGAGAGAGAGAGAGCGCAGCCGGAACAUUUGGAAAUAUCGAAACAGGGAAGUGGGAGAGGAGCGCGUGAGUGUCGGUGGAGUGAUCCGCUCAUCAGCAUGUUCAGCUGGGUCAAACAGGAGCAAGGAGGCCGCAACAAAGAAGGAGAGAUGUACCAGACUGUGACCGAGGGGCUGCAGACCCUCUACACCAAGAAGCUGCUGCCUCUGGAGGAACAGUACCUCUUCCAUGACUUCCACUCCCCCGCGCUGGAGCCCGCAGAUUUCCAAAGCAAGCCCAUGGUGCUGCUGGUCGGCCAGUACUCCACCGGGAAGACCACCUUCAUCAGGUACCUGUUGGAGCAGGACUUCCCCGGGAUGCGGAUCGGUCCGGAGCCGACCACAGACGGCUUCAUCGCUGUCAUGCACGGCGAGAACGAGGGCGUCAUCCCCGGAAACGCUCUGGUGGUCGACCCUAAAAAACCCUUCAGGAAGCUCAACGCCUUCGGGAACUCGUUUCUCAACAGGUUUAUCUGCUCCCAGAUGCCCAAUCAGGUUCUUCAGAGCAUCAGCAUCAUCGACACGCCCGGUAUCCUGUCAGGAGAGAAACAGCGAAUCAGCAGAGGUUACGACUUUGCCGAGGUCCUGCGGUGGUUCGGGGAACGUGUUGAUCGCAUCAUUCUGCUGUUCGACGCUCACAAACUCGACAUCUCGGAUGAGUUCUCGGAGGCGAUCAAAGCGUUCAAAGGACAAGACGAUAAGAUCCGAGUCGUCCUGAACAAGGCAGACCAGGUGGACACGCAGCAGCUGAUGAGGGUGUAUGGCGCCCUCAUGUGGUCACUGGGGAAGGUGAUCAACACUCCGGAGGUGGUGAGAGUUUAUCUGGGAUCGUUCUGGGCCAAACCUCUGCAGAACACAGAGAACAGGCGUCUGUUUGAGGCAGAGUCUCAGGACCUCUUCAGGGACAUCCAGAGUCUCCCGAGAAACGCAGCGCUGCGUAAACUCAACGACCUCAUCAAGAGGGCGCGGCUGGCCAAGGUGCACGCUUACAUCAUCAGCCACCUGAAGAAGGAGAUGCCGUCUCUGUUCGGGCGAGAGAAGAAGAAGGAGGAGCUGAUCAUGAGGCUGCCGGAGAUCUACACCACGCUGCAGAGAGAGCACCACAUCAGCCCCGGAGACUUCCCCAACGUUGCCAAGAUGCAGGACAUGCUGCAGCACUACGACUUCAGUAAGUUCCCGUCUAUGAAGAUAAAGCUGAUCGAGUCGGUGGACAAGAUGUUGGCCUCAAAGAUCGCCGUCCUGAUGGCGAUGAUCCGGGAGGAGGAGUCUAAGCUGCCGCCGCCGAUGGUGUCAGGUGGUGCCUUCGAGGGCUCCCAGGACGGGCCAUUCGGUCACGGCUACGGCGAGGGCAUCAGCGCCGGCGCCGAUGCUGAAGACUGGAUCGUGGCCCGUGAGAAGCACCGCUAUGACGAGAUCUUCUACAUGCUGAUGCCCGUCAACGGAAAGAUCACUGGCGUCAACGCGAAGAAGGAGAUGCAGAACUCGCGGCUGCCCAACACCGUGCUCGGAAAGAUCUGGAAGCUGUCCGACUGCGACAACGACGGCAUGCUGGACGACGAGGAGUUCGCGCUUGCACAGCACCUCAUCAAGAUCAAACUGGAGGGAUACGAGCUGCCCACCGAGCUGCCCCCCCACCUGGUGCCCCCGGCCCACCGCAAAAACUCCACUGCAGACGCCAUGUACAACCACAGCGAGGACUAGGGCGCCAAUAUGGCCGCCUGAGGGACUGAGCGAGCUGAGAGGAGGUCAAAAUGUAAAAAAAUAAAA